CAAUUGGUUUCAGAGACUACGUUGACUUAAAAAAUAUGAAUUCAUUUUCGAACAUAAUAUACUUUUUCUCAAUUUUUUGUGUCAGCUUGGUACUGGCAAGUUCUUUGAGGGAAGCAAAACGAAUAUCGAAGUGUUCUAAAACAAUAUGCCCGCUGGUAAAGGCCACGAUUUGUGUUAAAGUAAAGGAACAAAACAAUCCAAGGCGGUAUGUUUUGAUGUCUAAAUGCGAACUAAAAGUCGUCAAAUGCUAUGGAGAUGUAAAGACAACAGUUGUACCUGCAAAGUUCUGCAACGCCGCACUGAGGCAAGGAGACGACUUACCCAUUGGCGGUGGUGGUGUGAUAAACGUUAGUGAUGACGCAGACGCCAGCGUCCCGUUAGAAGUUAUUGGUUUAGACAAGGACGAAGCUGUUGAUGAUUCUAGUCCACCCAAGCAAGGGGAAGGUUUAGAACAGGAAGAUCCUGUUAACGAUUCCAGCCCUCUCAAGAAAGAAGACCAGGAAGACCCAGUUAACGAUUCCAGCCCACCUAAGGAAGAAGGUGGUUUAGAUCAGGAAGAACCUGUUAAAGAUUCCGAUGAUCCUGCACCAGUGAAAGAUGAAGAUGCCAAUGUUUCUGAUAAUCAUGAGGUACUGCAAGUAGAAGGUGAUAAAGAUAAUGACGAAGAGAAACAAGGAGCAGAUGAUUUACAUUUAGAAAAGGUUGACCAACCUGAAGUCGCUUGUCCUGAGAACUGCCCGGCGCGUGGGGUGAUGGUGUGCGCGCGCUGCCCCCACGGCAUCCAUCGCACCUUCAUGAGCAGCUGCUUUAUGAGGAUGUACCAGUGCCAGCAUCCUAAUGAAAAACUGGAGCUGGUAUCCCGACACGCUUGCACAGGCUCAGCGCCAUAUAUGGGGGAGAUGCCAAAGCCGGUGGGCGAACCGGACGUUGUCGACAAAGAUCCCAUACUUAACCAUAUCUUUUACCGAAAAUCUAUCUCAGACUAACAGUUUUAUGAAAUAAAAUAUUUGAAAGGUU